UGCUCUUCGUGCUUCAAAAAGUUUCAUCGCAACCAGCUUGUGGCAUGUUACUGUUGGCACAACUACUGUCACAAAUGUGUCGUUGAAAUGGUGGAUGCUGCGCUUGCCGUUGACUUCAUGUUACCCAUCCGUUGCUGCGAGAUGAUGAUUCCCCUCGAAUGGGCGGUGCUCAAGAUCCCGCAAGAAACAGCCGACGCGUAUAACCGCAGAGCGAUGGAAGUUGAAGCACGAGGGGUGGUCUACUGCUACCAAAAUGACUGCAGAGCGCCUAUCCACCCACAAUUUGUCAUACAUCAGGAAGCGAUUUGCGGCAAGUGUCUGAGCAGCACUUGUGCUCGCUGCAGGGGCGCUUUCCAUAGGGGUCUUGCUUGCGGAGAUUUACAAACGCCGGAUGAUCAGAGACUGCACGAUCUGGCAGCCACAUAUGGCUGGGGGAAAUGCUAUGAGUGCAAUAGCUAUAUCCAGCUCAACCCAGGUCGCAACCACUUGCUGUGUCUAUGCGGCGCCGAGACUUGCUUCUCAUGCGGCAAAACGUGGCAGGCUUGCGACUGCAUCCGGCCCAAU